CGUUCGGAAAGCUUGUCGCGCGGACAUACGAGCUCUCACGUUUCUUUGGGACCGGGUCGCGUCGGUGGUUGAUUUCGCGUAGUCAUAGAGACCGUAGUUUGUUUGUUUAUUCUCGUGUUGUUUUCCUUUUCGGAAAUCAGUUACACCAACAGAACCGGUGCGGGGUUCCAGAUCCGAACGAAGCUCCCACUGGUUGCGAGUUUUCGGUGUUAAGUGCAAUUCAAAAAACGUUUCGGAGUAAGAUCCCUGUAAAAGUAUCACAGUUGAUUGAAUUAAGUGAAGCAAAAAAUAAAUUCGUUCGAAGCGAGAAAGUUCUGGAGCAUCAAACUGGCAGCCAACAAAAAAUGUAUUGACCGUGACCGUGAGGUUCCUAUCGACGGUGGUUGUGUUGUGAAAAGUGACAUGGUCGAUGUAUUUUCGUAAAAAAAAGUUCAAAAGCUACAGCAGAUAAUUGAAUCGAAGUGAUUGCUCAGACCGUGGAUCUUUCUUUGGUGUUACAGUAGUGAAUGGGAGAGCGGUUAGAAAGUAAAUCUAGCGCCACUUUAGAACAGAAUCAGGAAUCAACGUUAAUCCAACUGAGUUAACUAACCGAAGCCACCCAUCGUGGCAGUUCAACGAGCUUCUGCAAGCCACAAAUGCGUGCGGUAAUCGAGUUCAGUGUGUACGAGCAAAAUUAGUGCAAAGUUUGUGAAGUGUGAAGUCCCGUCCCGUCCCGUCCCGUUCCGUUCCGUCAGCCAUACCGACGAUGGAUGUCCUGCUCAGAUAUCGCAGAAUGGCGUUCCCGAAAAGAUAUGCAGAAUUCGUCGCACUGAUUGCAAUCUCGUGCACUCUGUUCCUGUUUCUGCACACCCAGAGCCUGACGUCCCGGCUUCGUGAGAUGGAAGAUAAAUUGCAGCCAUCGUCGUUAAUGUCAGGCAGCGGUUUAAGUGGUAAUUCAAUUAGUCAAGCCGCCUCGGGAAGCGCCAACCAUCAUCUUCAGCAUCGACCGGGUGAAAGUAAUCUUCAUCACACGUACAACUAUCUGAAAAGUACCGGACAGAUGCAAACCCUGAGUGCCCACGACCUGAACAACACCCGCCGAUCUCAGGUGCCCAUCAUUUUCUUCAACCGUGUCCCGAAGGUAGGCAGCCAGACGUUUAUGGAGCUGCUGCGUCGAUUGUCGAUACGGAACGAUUUCACCUUCCAUCGGGACGUCGUGCAACGGUUGGAAGUGAUUCGGCUGUCCCCCGAUCGCCAGCAGGAACUCGCCGAAAUGGUUACCGAUCUACCGAUGCCGUCGGUUUACGUGAAGCACGUGUGCUACACUAACUUCACCCGGUACGGUCUUCCGAUGCCGAUCUACGUGAACAUGGUUCGAGACCCGGUCGAGCGUAUCAUCAGUUGGUAUUACUACGUGCGCGCUCCCUGGUACUUUGUCGAACGAAAACAAGCCUUUCCCGAUCUUCCUCUGCCAGAUCCUCGCUGGCUGAAGAAGGAUUUCGAAACCUGCGUGCUGCAGGGUGAUCCCGAAUGUACCUACGCUCAGGGUGCCAUCCACGAAGGAAUCGGAGAUCAUCGUCGACAAUCACUAUUCUUCUGUGGCCACGAUGAACAAUGCCUACCCUUCAACAGCCCCGGCGCAUUGGAACGAGCCAAACAUGCCGUCGAGAGCCAAUACUCGGUGGUUGGUGUGCUGGAAGAUUUGAACACUACGCUGGCCGUUCUCGAACGAUACAUUCCCAGAUUCUUUGCCGGAGCGACUUCGUUGUACUUCAACGAGGUUAACUUGCUGCAGAAAAUCAACAAAAACAAUUUUAAACCUCCGGUCAGCGAAGAAAUCAAGGACCUGGUCAGACGGAAUUUUAGCCGAGAAAUCGAAUUUUACGAGUUCUGCAAGCAGCGACUGUAUAAACAAUAUCUAGCAACACAGCUACCGCACAAAUGAAUAACAAUCUCUCACACUACUUCCUUGUAAAGAGAUACUCACCCACAGUCGAGUGGGGGACAGAGCAAACAGGAGGCCAACCUUAACAGUUCCCUGUCUUCAUUGAUUUUAUUAAGAAUCGUGAGUAAAAAAAAACGCGUACCCACAUCCUUAUUUAUAUAAAAAAAAUCACGCACGCAUAUCGCAUUCAGUUCAUACUCGAGUGUAAGUAAGUUAUCAAAACCAUUGUAGAUGUAGAAAGGGUUUUUUUUUAUUUUAAAUGCAACCAUACAAACAAACAAACAAACAAACGAACAAAUAAGCAAAACGGAAAAGUUUAACUUUGAAUGUGAUAAGGGUGAUGUCGAAAUUAAAAGUGUACAUUUCAUAUCUCGGAUACUUCCAUAGGCAAAAUGGUUUUAUGACCGCCGAAUCGAUCGAUCACCACUCCCACGAAAAGGUUGGGUUGAUUAGCCAAGCAAAGUGUAGAAGAAUCCUAGUAGAUUACUAGCCUGUAGAGUUACUGUAGAAAGUAUUAAAUAAAGCUUAAAUUAUGACGUUCUUUAA